AGCUGUCAUUGUGGCCGUCACUUUUUUCCUGCCGAUGUCGGAGUCGGUUUGUUUCACGCCAAAAUAAGGUGGAAAAAUAGUCAGCGCAGCGUGUCGGUGCAGUGAAAUUGGUUUUCCAGAACGAUUCAGACGAAGUGCGAUGUUUUCCUAGACGGGAAACAUCCAGCACCGAGCCGUCACGCACGGAGAACGUACAGCAGUGUGUGAUUCUCGUUUGCACUCGAUAAAAAACGGAGCUACGAGCGGUCCGGUCCCGAGCGCUGAGGAAGAAAGUUUUGUGAUUCUUGAUUGUGUAAAUUUACUGAACAUCGAGUGAGAAAAGCAGUAUUAUAUCGUCUGAACUUCCAUUCAUCAACGGUGGCAUAGGGUGGACGCAUUUGGAAACGAACAUAAAUAGCCAUUUACAGCUUCGAUACACUGUUCCUGCUUGUCUGCUCGCUUCUGCUGCUGCUGCCGAUGCUACGAAACAAGCGAUGGCUAGCAAAGAUAAUGUUAAAGCACUGGUAGAAAUAACCGGUCUGAAAGAGGACCAAGCUACCAACCUUCUGACGGCGUACAAUGGUAACCUGGAAGGUGCAAUCAACGCAUUCUACGAGAAUCCCGAGGGCAUUCUCAACCCGGAACCGGCCGUCGUGAUCGAUGACGAUGAUAGCGGAUCUGGUCCAUCUUCCGCACCAGCGAGCCGCGUGAUAGCAGACGACGACGACAAUGUGCGUGCUCCGAUACCUCGCAAGACGGAGAUUUUGCUUCCGCAAAUCGAAAUGAACCGUGCGCGGAUUGGGAAGCGCCGUGCGGCCGUCAUUACCGAAGUUCCCUUUCGUAACUUUGAGCUCGAAGGGCGCAUCCAGGAACAGAUGCUGAUGCAGCAGGGCCAAGGCCCAUCCGCCAAGAAGGUGACCCGGCUGGAGGCGCUCUUUAUGCCACCGUUCGAUAUUCUAUUUUCCGGUGGAUUUGAUCUUGCACAGCGACACGGCAAUUCGGUCGAUCGAUGGUUGCUGGUCAAUUUGCAGGACGAUCUGAACUUUAGCUGUCAAACGUUAAACCGCGAUCUAUGGUCGGACGCGGAGCUGAAAGAUUUCAUGCGCCACCAUCUGGUGUUUUGGCAGCAGUCGAACAAAACCACUGACGGGGCAAAGUUCAAGACGUUCUACAAGGUGCGCUCGGAGCCGUACAUCGGCAUGAUCGACCCGCGGACCGGUGAAGAGGUACGGAAUCUGUCCGGCAACGAUCUCACGCCGGCCCGCUUCCUCGAAACGCUCAAAGCAUUUCUGGUGGAAAGCAAAUCUCCGCACGGGAAGGAGAUUGACCUAAGCAGAGACUAUCAGCUCGGCAUGGGUGGUGGUCCCUCGACGUCUUCGAACGGUGGAUCGAGAAGUGUUGCCCAGUAUGGCGCCGGAAGCAGCACAGGGCACAGUAGCAGUUCCAAACCACAGUCGUCCAGCACAGCCGGUUCGAGCAGAAACCGGUGGCUCACGGUAAUCGAUGACGACGAGGAUGACUUUCAGGAAAUUACGGACAGCGAAAGUGACGGUGAGGAAACGGUUCGGCCACGGGUCACUGUCGGUAGCGGUGCUACAAGCAACAGUAGCAACAGCAGCAGCAGUAAGACUGUGACGGAUGGCCCGAAGCAGGCUACAUCGGCACCGGGUUCACCAGCGAAACAGAAAGAAACGUCCGCAGAGAAAGGCAACAGCACAAAUGCUUCCUCCAAGCAGAAAGCAGAACCGGCACCACACCCCUGGGAAGCGGAGAGUGACACGGAUGGUAGUAGAAGUUCGGCGAACGAUGAGAAACCGUCGAAAGUGCUGAGCUCCGAUUCGGAAUCAAGUUUAACGCCCGAUCAGAAGACGCGCAUUCUGCUGAAAAUGCCGGGCAACGUGACGGAACGACUGUUCUUCCGCAGCUCCCGGACACUCGAACAAGCAACGGCAAAGUUGCGACAGAAGUACGAAAAGCAUCGCCAUCCAAGUGACGCCGCCGCCGUCGACGUGCGGUUCUUCUGUCAGGCCAUCAAAUCAGAUCUGUCCGCGCUCGAUUCCUCUAAAACGCUGCUGGAGUUGAAGAUUCACCCGAACGCUGUAAUUCACGUCAUGACGGACGAUUAGAGAGGGGUGGUGACGCGAUGGGGGUGGAAUUGCAUUCGUGUUACAGACAGAUAUUCCCUGCUACUAUUUCCCAUCCCCCCCGUUUUAACUUCCUUUUGGCAUUUUUCAUCACGCCUCUCUCAGUGUAAGAAUGCAUAUUUGUAAAGGAUUCAUUUUAAAUGUACCGUGUACUUGAAAGUAAAUUAUACGUACAAGAAUAGUUUAA